GUGCAAAGUUUGCACGAGAACGAUGGUGGUGUAACGGUGCAGGCAAUGGGUCGCCAGCGAUGCCGCAUACUCACUCGGCGUUCUGCAGUAAACGGGAUGCCGUAUGGUGAAGUACGAGUGUUGGAAGAAGUAGAGUUACCUCCCAUUUCUCGUGCGUUGCAACCGAUAUCGUUUUCGCGUCUCUCAUCUUCAAAAAAUUUGCGCUAUUGUGCAGCGAUAACGUCACAUUCGUAUUUUGCGUUGAAAAUGUCCCUGACGGGUGCAACGGCGUUUAGCUAUUGGGUGGCUGCAAAUUUACCGAUUGACAUGGAAACGCGAUUGCGCUUGCUCACUGAACCGUGCACCGAUCGAAGACUGAUAGACAUAAUAAUAUGUAAAAACUGUGGCUCAACGCUGUGUAGGAUGGAGCAUAUGAUCACUGGUUAUGUGCACGAUUUGUUUACUGUCUCAGAGGUAACUUCAACGACAGCGCGUGGCCAACCUUCAGCCGAAUAUUCAUGGUUUCCUGGCUAUAAAUGGACAAUCCAUGAAUGUGCAAACUGCGGACAGCAUGUUGGCUGGCGAUUCACCAGUUCAAAGCUAUUGCCAGCCUCGUUUUUCGGAUUAACUCGAAGCGCAAUCCGCCCGGCCGACUCGCGACAUCCGGUCGCAUCAAAUGUUCAGCGCAUUGAACAGCUAGCUAUUGUAUAG